GCUACGUCAGGCACGGCAUUGGCAUGCGCAGGGACCGAGGGUCACCCAGAGCGGCGUAUUCAGGAACCGCUCACGGGACAGGCUGCAGCUCAGGCUGAAUGAGGGAUUUCAGGCUCACGCGGCACAGAUAGAAGAUGAAUUGCUUGAUUGGGAAGCACGUGAUGUCCGCUCGAGUUGUCGGCUGCGCAGGGAGAGCGCCGUCCUUAUUCGCCCUUCUAAAGAAUCCCCACCGGGCAACUUUGCCGAGAGUCUGCCAUUCAGGGGCAGGAGAAGCCCAGCCGGUCCAAACACAAGCUAUUAAGAAGAGGGGCUAUGACAUCACGAGGAACCCUCAGCUCAACAAAGGGAUGGCGUUUACCCUUGAAGAAAGGCUUCAGCUUGGUAUCCAUGGCCUCCUGCCCCCUUGCUUCUUGAGCCAAGAUGUCCAAGUCCUGCGUGUUAUGAAGAGUUACGAGACCAAGUCCAGUGAUCUAGACAAAUAUAUUAUCUUGAUGACCUUGCAAGACAGGAACGAGAAGCUUUUCUACCGAGUUCUCACGUCCGACAUUGAGAGGUUUAUGCCGAUUGUAUACACCCCCACCGUGGGCCUGGCGUGUCAGCAGUACGGCCUGGCUUUCCGGAGACCGCGUGGUCUUUUUAUUACUAUACACGAUAAGGGCCAUAUAGCAACCAUGCUGAACUCAUGGCCGGAAGAAGAUAUCAAGGCAAUUGUAGUGACGGACGGCGAGCGUAUAUUGGGUCUCGGUGACCUGGGAAGUUACGGCAUGGGCAUUCCCGUGGGAAAACUUGCCCUGUACACAGCCUGCGGUGGGGUUCACCCUCAACAAUGUCUACCUGUGCUUCUAGACGUGGGCACAGACAAUGAGAUCCUUCUGAACGAUCCCUUGUAUAUUGGUUUGAAACACAAGCGGGUUCGCGGUAAGGAGUACGAUGAACUGAUCGAGGAGUUUAUGCAAGCAGUGACCAACAAAUACGGGAUGAAUUGCUUGAUCCAAUUUGAGGACUUCGCCAACUCCAACGCCUUCCGUCUUCUGAAUAAAUACCGCAACAAAUACUGUACAUUUAAUGAUGACAUUCAAGGAACGGCGUCUGUGGCUGUGGCCGGUAUUCUGGCGGCGCUGCGAAUCACGAAAAACAAGCUUUCUGACCAUAAAUUUGUUUUCCAAGGCGCUGGAGAGGCUGCCAUGGGAAUAGCGCACCUUAUUAUCAUGGCCAUGGAGAAAGAAGGCAUUUCUAGAGAGGAGGCCACCAAGAAGAUCUGGAUGGUGGAUUCAAAGGGGCUGAUUGUAAAGGGAAGAGGAAACCUGAACCACGAGAAGGAGAUGUUCGCUCAAGAUCACCCCCAAGUGAAGACACUAGAAGAAGUCGUAAAGAUCCUGAAGCCGACGGCUCUGAUCGGAGCUGCGGCCAUUGGAGGAGCUUUCACUGAGAGAAUACUGAAGGACAUGGCAGCUUUCAAUGAACGACCAAUUAUAUUUGCACUUAGCAACCCGACCAGCAAGGCCGAGUGUACAGCCGAGCAAUGCUAUCAGCUGACGGAGGGCCGCGGUAUUUUUGCCAGUGGAAGCCCAUUCUCCAAAGUGACUCUUCCAGAUGGUCAGACCUUCUACCCGGGGCAGGGAAACAAUGCCUACGUGUUCCCGGGGGUGGCGCUGGGAGUCAUCGCUUGUGGCGUCCGGCACAUCUCUGAAGAUAUUUUCCUCACAACCGCUGAGGCUAUCGCUGAUGAUGUCACUGCAGAGCACCUGGCGGAAGGCAGACUGUACCCUCCGCUGAGCACCAUCAGAGAAGUGUCCUUCAAGAUCGCUGUGAAGAUUGUUGACUAUGCCUACAAGAACAACCUGGCGUCUUGGUAUCCAGAACCCGAGGACAAAGAGUCUUUUGUGCGCUCCCUCAUUUACAGCCCCGACUACGACUCUUUCACAAUCGACAGCUACCAGUGGCCUAAGCCAGCAAUGGAGAUCCAGGAUGUCUAGUUACUGGCGGCCAUUAGUACCCCCUGCUGUUAAAUGAAUACUCCAGCCGGAGGGGUAUGGGGGGUUCACAGGGAGGCUCAAGCAGAGGGUUAACCGUCCCAACAAAAGCAUAUCCUGUAUAGCUCCUAAAAAAUAGUUUAUUUGCUAUAUAUAAAUUAUUUAAAGGGGAACUCCAGUCCUUUUUUUAAUGCCCAUCAAAGGUUCAUCGCCUUAUAUUCGGGACGACGAGCACUACAGCUUAUGCGCCGUACACUGCCUGGGUCCAUGGAGACAUGGAGGGCCAAAUGGCCAAACUCCAUAAACACAUGAAAAAAUGGGCCCCAAUAUUCAUUUUCCAAAUCAGUGAAUAGGUUGAGUGUUCCUUUUAAACUUUUUUU